GCAGGGUGUUCUGUUGUUAUGUAACACAGUCUUAUGUUUACGUUUUAAAAUAUUAACAUUUCUUUCGCGUUCAUCUUCUCAUAUCCUGAACAGAAACUUUUAUCUAUGCAGUCACGACGCGAGAAGUUGAAAUAUCCAAUUCACAAUGGUCUCCAAGAGUUUCACUCUGCUGCUUGUCUACAUACUGGUCGUUAAUGCCAAGCGACUUUCAAGUGACCUGUUUAAGUACAAGGAUGUGACUUCUACUGACGAUAAAGAUGUCACUACAAACCAGCCUGUCGACGACCUGGGGAAAGUCAAUGGUAAUAGAAAGGGCAUGCUGGGAAGUAUGUUGAGUUUGCUACAAGGUGACGGCCUAAGCUCUUUAAUGAACCUUCUUCCAUCUUCCAAGAGCACAGACAGCAAUCAAGGGCAAACUGGGCUCCUUGGGACAGUGAUGAACUUGCUCUCUCCAUCAAAGACAGUUUCAACUGAGGAUGAAAAGAAGUCUAGCAGUACUGGCAUUUUUGGUUCGGUUUUGAGCAUGCUCUCAGGCAUCGCUCAAACAAUUUUAGGUGCUCUCACGUAAAAGUUCAACAAGAAGCUGGAAAGUACAACCAUGGAAGUUUUUGUAAAAGACAAGCGAAUAGAAGAAUAUAUCAAGAGCGGAAAUGACCUUUUAACCUCAAGAUGAACAAAAAAUGAUCAGAAAAAUACAAAGUAAACUGUUAUAAAUG